ACUACGCCCGGCGAAUCCUUCUCGCCAUGGCUUCUCGUGGCGUCGUUGGCAUUUUCUUGCUCUCUGCUCUCCCUCUCUUGUGUCUGGAGCUCCGGCGCGGGAUCCCGAGUCUCGGAAUUAAAGAUCUCAUUUUGCUCAGUGGCCGGGUAUUCCUACUGCUGGCCCUGCUUACGAUCGUCAUUUCCGUGACCACCUCCUGGUUUAGCUCACUUAAACCUCCCCAAGUUCAUCCGAAAGAAGGAGAAGAAGAGAAUGCGAAAAGACAAAAACUCGCGAGGGAGAGGCAACAAGAAGCCCAGGGCGAGAAGGCCAGCAGAUAUAUACAGAAUGUCUUAAAGCCUCAGCAGGAGAUGAAGUUGAAAAAACUGGAAGAGCGGUUUUACCAGAUGACGGGGGAGACCUGGAGGCUGAGCACGGGCCACAGACUGGAGGAGGAUGAAGAUUCGGAGUUUGAAAAUUCAAGUCAAGCGUCUUUUGAAACAGUUAACGGAGAGGCAGCAAGAAGACAGAACUUGCCUAAGUUUUUGACUGAAAUUUCACCACCCGCUCAGCCGCCCUCAAGGAAGGAGGUUCCUGAUUUACCUGAAGAACCAUCAGAAACAGCUGAAGGGGUGGUUACUGUUGCCCUUCGAUGCCCAAGUGGACGUCUUUUGAGGAGAAGAUUUUUCAAGUCGUGGAAUUCACAGGUCUUAUUUGACUGGAUGAUGAAAAUUGGGUACCACAGAUCCCUAUACGGCCUCUCCACUUCCUUUCCCAGAAGGCCUUUGGAGGUGGGGGGAGGCUCGUCACUGGAGGACAUAGGAAUAACUGUGGAUACUGUACUUAAUGUGGAAGAGAGAGAGCAGAGCAGCCAGUAAAGAGAAGUACCUGAGUCCUUCAACAGAGUGCUGUUCACAUUAAAGCCAUGCUGUACCUUGAGCUCCUCUUGUCCACAGGCGUGUACUGUGGAUGAGGACCGCCUUGUGAUGGUGUGUGUCUCUGUCAUCUUAUAACGUGAAGAGGUAAAAAGCACAUAUCGUAAGACAGGCAGCAUCUGAUGAUGUUACUGCCUCAACUCCCAGGAUUUCUGAGUUAAUUAGACUAUCUUCAAACCAAACCAAACCAAACCAUACCACACCACACCACACCCUAGCUUAUGUAAGAACUAUGAUUUCUGCUUGAGUCUACCUUACCAUAUAGUAUUUCACAAUUCAGUCAAAAUCUAAGGAGGAAUGUAGAUUCUAUUGUAUUUCUAAAAAUUUAAAGAAAUUCCACGGCCAACUGAUCCUAUAUAAUUUUGACUUAAAUCUGGAGAUAAAGUUUGUAUGACAUGAACUUUGGGGAAUAUAUUGAAACUGCAGUAAACAAGGCCAUUCUAAGUGCAUUUGAAA